UCCGGCCGGGCGGGCAGCGGGGUGUCCGGGCCGCAGCCGGCGCUGUGCGCGGGAGGGCGAGGGGCAGCGGGCCGAGGCUGCAGCGGCGGCGGCUCUGGCCGGAGACUUUUCUCCGUGAGGCCUGGGGGCCGGCGCUGCGCUGAGGGGCUGGGCUGGAGACCCCGUCCCGUCCCGGGCUGGGCGCCGUAGGGAACGGAAACACAGCGGUGUUACAGCGGGGCGGCCGCCGCGGGGCCGGCGUUCAGAGCUGCUGGUGGCAAAAGGCUUGUUCUGCCACUGCAAGUGAUGGACUUCUUGCAGGACGCUUUACCAGAAAGCAAGUCCACUUUAAUGCUUUGCUGCAGGGCUUAUGAGAAAUAGGUGAAUUACACGCAAGCACUGUUUGUUUUUCCAGAUGCAAAAAGGAUUGUUAAUUACACAUGAUUGGUGACAUCGCAGAAACUACACAAUGCCAACUAAAAGAUCCCAUGGAUUUGUUUCAUUCUGGGCAAGUUGUAAAAAUAUGUGCCCCUAUGGUCCGCUAUUCAAAGCUGGCUUUCAGAACCUUGGUUAGGAAAUACAGUUGUGAUCUGUGUUACACACCAAUGAUAGUGGCAGCUGAUUUUGUGAGAUCUGCAAAAGCUAGAGACAGCGAAUUCACAACAAACAAAGGUGACCAUCCAUUGAUUGUUCAGUUUGCUGCUAAAGAAGCACAGGUUUUGUGUGAUGCUGCCCGUAUCGUCUGUCCUUUUGCAGAUGGAAUAGACCUAAAUUGUGGCUGUCCUCAGAGAUGGGCAGUGACAGAAGGUUAUGGUGCUUGCUUAAUAAAUAAACCAGAACUAGUUCGAGAUAUGGUGAGACAUGUACGGAAUCAGAUUGACAACCCUAGAUUUUCAGUAUCUAUUAAAAUAAGGAUCCACGAGGACUUAAAAAAAACAGUUGACCUCUGUCAAAAAGCUGAAGCAACUGGAGUUUCAUGGAUUACAGUACAUGGGAGAAGCGUAGAAGAAAGACAUCAGCCUGUGCAUUAUGAUGCAAUUAAAAUAAUUAAACAAAGCAUGUCUAUACCUAUUGUGGCUAAUGGAGACAUUAAAACUUUGAAAGAUGCUGAAAAUGUUCAUCACUUGACAGGAGCAGAUGGUAUAAUGGUGGCUCGAGGACUCUUAGCAAAUCCAGCUAUGUUUGCAGGAUACGAAGAGACACCUUUGAAGUGCAUCCAGGACUGGGUUGACAUUGCUCUUGAGCAUGGAACUCCUUUUACAUGUUUUCACCACCAUUUAAUGUACAUGAUGGAACGGAUAACUUCAAAACAAGAAAAAAAAAAUUUUAAUCUUUUAUCAAGUACCUCAGCAGUACUAGAUUAUCUGAAUGACCAUUAUGGGGUGUGAUAACUGGAAGUAUUUUAGUUCUGUGUAAACUUGUAUUUUGCAAUUGUCGAUACACUGUUAAAGUUUUAAUUGGGCUCAUACUUUGUAGUCAGAUUCAUAUAUUGCAUAAAUAUUUUCAGCGCAGCAUAACAUUAUGAUCAGGGUGAUACUUUAUAUUUUCAGUAUUUUUAUGUUAAUGUUUUUAACUCCAGAAAAUAUUCCAGAUUCCACAAAUGUGGAAAUCUAUUUACAGUGUACUACUUCACAGAGGAUGGAUCAUUGUAAGACUCAAGUAAUUUAAUUUAUUUUUUCACCAGACAGUUGCUUACACCAAUGUGUUCACGAAAGUACGGCCUUUCUUACAUGUAACCUCCUAAAAUCAGGACUGCUCAUAAAUAAUGCCAAAAAUUUCAGACCAAAAGAAUACAAAGGGAGCAAUUAUAGAAGUUUUUGUUUUAACUGACAUAAGCAGUACUUUAACAUUUGAGUAGAUUUUUCAGUCUUAAGGACUGUGAGGCCUUGAAGCCCUGCAUAGUAUCCUCUUUUAAAUUAGAUGUUCCUUUUGCAGACUAAAACUUUCUAAGCUUACUUACAACUCAGAAAAAUUCCACACUUCAUAUAGUGAAAGAAACCUGGAAUAGAUAAACAAUGACGGAAAGAAGGAAAUAGUAAAAUGAAGAGAUAGUUUAAGUAGAAACUUAGCUGAAUCUACAAUACAAGAUUUGAAAGUUCAAUCUAACUAAAUUCAGUUUUGUUUAUCUAAUGUAUAAUAAUUCUAUAAAAUAUUAUAUCCCUGUCAUCUAUCAAAACAGAACUUUGUAGGUCAAAGAAAAGCUGACAGAUUCUCUCAGUGGGGCUCUUGCAGUCCUUUCUGCCUGCUAGCAUGUUGCUUAUCAAAGCAUGACAGCCAUUUGGCUUUGAAUCUUUGUAUAGGAGGAAAAUAGUGAAAAUUAGAACAAGAUAAUAACAUUACACACCAGCUGCAUUUGUUCUGGCAAGGGAAAUUUCACAAAUCUGUGCGGUACAAUUAUUUGUAAUCAAAUAAUUUGUUUUCUUUGUAUGUUUACACAGAAAUUCAUACAAGAAAUUGCUUAGUUUUCUGAUUCUGAUACUUCUAUGAAUAUACAAGUGGAAUAGUUCUAAAUUUUCUAAAUAAAUUACUUGGGUUUGUAUACAAUUGUAAUUAUUUUUAUUACACUAUAAACUAUGGCAACCUGGGGGAGGGGAGGUUGCUUUUGAUGCUACUCCCCAAAUCUUUUAAUCAUGUAGAUAUCUAAAAUCUCACAGUGUUUUUAAUGCAAUGGCAUAAAAGACUUGAUCAUUUUUCAUAGCCAUUAUGUCUGAUUUAGGCAUCCAAACAAAAGUUUGAAAGGUGUGAGCUGAGUCACCAAGUCUAGUUCACUAUUUAAGACAGUGAAGUUACGUAGCUCUUCUGAUAUGGUCACUUUCCUGAUGUGUUAACAAAUGGAAAACUACAGACAUGCUUUGCUAUCCUAGGCUAAUUGAGACAAUUUCUACAACCUUUUUGGUGCAACAGGUUCCCCAUUCUUUCAGACAACUGGUUUUUUUCACUCUUCUGGAUUGUAAUGUUUUCUUGACAUUGGAUGAGCACAAUUAUGUAUAGCAUUCCAGGUAAAACCCCAGCAAUGUCUUCUGCAGUUAACAGUUCUCUUUCUAAUGCCUCACUUUUCCUCAACUAAUACUAAUGUAAUUUAUGAGCUCUCAGUUUUACAGCAAAAGUUCUUAUUUCCCAAUCGCAUGACAUUGUAUUUUGUACUGCUAAAUUUCCAGUCUCAAGUUCAUCCAACUAUGGUGCAAUACUCAGUUCUCCUCAGUUCUGAAAAUGCAUCCAGUCUUCUGCAUCAAGAUUUAAAAAUAAAACUUUGUAACUGAAUUGUA